AUGUUCGCUCUUGUACCCGAGUGGGCGACGCGGAGCCGUUUACGCUUCUGUGGCUGGGUUUCGAGACCAAAACGUAAACCAUUCGACGCCCAAGUUCAUAUAGAAAGGAUCAGAAGUACCACAAUAUCCCCUACGCGUACUGUACGACGUCGACAGAUACAGAGGGUUUCGCUUCGAGCGCUCGCUGGUCGAAACCAACCAUCAAAAGACGCGCCUUCUGCGGAAACUGGAGGCGUCUUACCGCUGGCGACCAGUGCCGUGUCGGACAUCUGGGAACUUGACUUUUACUCGCGUCCAGUUGUUGGUGCGGAUGGCAAACGUUUAUGGGAGCUCGUUGUUUGCGACCGGGAUGGGAGCUUUGUGCACGUCGAGGCUUUCCCCAACAACAUGGUCAACUCACGUGAACUAGCGCGUGCCGUGAAAACACUUAUCGAAGAGUCGAGCGUCAGACCACGAAUCAUCCGAUUCUUCCGAGCUCAGAUGCGUAACAUGAUUCAGAUCGCCAUGCAGAAUAUCUCUGGGGUCGAGACGCGACCAAGCCGCCGAACGUAUGCGCUCUUUCUAGCCCUCGCGUACCGCGAACGGAACGUAUACCCGCGCUUACCAGGUUAUGAAGGUAAGUCGAUUGGAAUCGGUAAUCGCAGUGGUACACGGGGUGCGGAGCUCUCGCUCGCUGAGAGCAUUGGGAAUAUGCUGAAAACGCCGGUGGAUCUGAAGGUGGCGGCACGCUUGCCCGAUGAGCUCCAGGGGGAUCGUUUCGCUUUCGUAACCAUCCUCCUGAGGGAUGUGACGCAGAUGAAUGCAGCCGGCUUUGGUGAACUAUGUCCAGUGUCUCUAUCUGCUGAAAGCAUGAACUUGGAUAUCCAGAUGCGGACGUCUGGCAAUGCGGGGUCAACGCAGAGCGCUGCCCUGGACCUGGGAGCCCCGAGCCCGGAAACACUGGUUCCUGGGGUGGUGAUUUACAGUCGUCGGGCACUGCCGCUCGCAGCGUGGUUUAGUGGUACGGAACUUGCCUACAUCAUUGCAGAUGAGCAGCAAAAAGAGAUAUAUCUAGAGUGCGGCCUCGACGCGGCGUAUCUCUUUGCCCGAAUCCAGCCGAGUCUCGAGGCAGAAGCGCGGGCGUUUAACGAGGCGAAGAAAGCUGCUCGCGGUUUGCAUUUCCUGGCGAUCCAAGAGAAACCCGAUGAUGAGGAUGUGUGUGGAUUUUGGCUGCUGCGUGAUGUAGCCUAUCUCUAG